CUCUCCCUCUGCUGAUUUCCCCCAAGAACAGUCACUUUGCUCUGUCUGCCUGUUAGAAAGUCAGGAGAAUCUUUUGGGCAUCAUGGACGAUGACUUCGACCACCGCAUGGAGCUGAGGAGGCAGAGGAGAGAGCAGAUGCGCCUCGACACUGACAAGGUGGAUAACACCAACGAUGAUGAGGAGGAGGAAGCCCGGGAGCAAAGGAGACGUGCGAGGGAGGAGAGGAAGAAGAUGAGGGACACAGAGGAGCCUGAAAGCCCUGAUGUAACUAACAGUGUGACGGAGACCGAGUCCUCAGCCACGGCCGAUGCUGAAGGAGCAGAUGAUGACGAUGCUUUGCUGGAGCGCCUGGCCAAGAGGGAGGAGCGCCGGCAGAAGAGAAUGAAGGAGGCCAUGGAGAGACAGAAGGAGUUUGACCCCACUGUCAGCACCAGCAAUGGCACAGACAGCGGACUGGAAGAGCAGUCCUCCAUCAGCAGCAGUAGACAACGACAUACAGAGGACGAUGAGGAGAAACCAGCCGAAGACUCUGAUAUGAAUUCCUGGAGAAAAGAUGAAGAGGACAAUAAUGAUGAGAAGGAAUCUGUUGAGGAAUCAAGAACAGCGAGCACAAGAAAUGAGGAGGAGAUUGAGGAGAAGGCUGCAGCAACAGAAGCAGAGGUGGAGCAGCCUGAUUUAGGAAAGAAUGAAGCUGUUCCUGAUGUUGACAAGGAGGAAAGAGAAAAUAAGGAAAGGCAGCAAAAAGAAAUGGAACAAAAGCUGAGGAUAGAAGAGGAAGAAAGGCAAAAAGGGGAAAUGGAGGAGAAGCUCAAGAAAGAGGAGAAAGAAAGGCAGCUGAAGGAGGAGGAGGAAAGAAAGAAAAUGGGAGAGGAGGAACAACAACAAGAGGCUGAGGAGAAGAAGAAGAAAGAGGAAGAGGACAAGCUCAAAAAGAGAGAGACGGAAGAGAAGAAGAAGAAAGAGGAGGAAGAGAAGCCGAAGAGAUUUGGUUUCAAGGAAAAGACUGAACCAGCCAAACCGAACGGAGGACUCUUUGAGAAUAAACUUAAGAAAACAGAGAAGAUAUCAAGGGACAAUGCUCCCUCCACCAAGGCAGACGACAAGGAGCGACAGGAGGCCGAGAAGAAGCUGCAGGAGCUGAAGCGCCGGAGAAACGAUGCAGAAAGCGAGGAUUUUGAGAAGAUGAAGCAGAAGCAGCAGGACGCAGAGGUCGAGCUGGAUGACCUGAAGAGGAAGAGAGAGGAUAGAAAGAAGAUCAUAGAGGAGGAGGAGAAGCAGAAGAAACAGGAGCUGGAGGACAAGAAAGCCAAAGAACAGGAGGAGAGGAAGAGGAUGAAGGAGGAGAUAGAGAAGAGGAGGGCGGAGGCUGCAGAGAAGAAGAAACAGAAGGAGGACGAUUCUUCAAAACCUGCCUUUGCUAUCAGUCCCAAAGGCUCCUCAAAGAUCGGGGCGAAGGCAGAAUUCUUGAGCAAAUCAGCCCAGAAAAGCACCGCAGGCAGAGUGUCUCACUCUCCAAUCGUCUCCAAGAUAGGCAACAGAAUGGAUCAGUACACCUCUGCCAUCCAGGGAAACAAAGACGUCAAAUCCCCAAAGUCUCCGAUGGUAGAUAUUCCUACAGGAGGUGCGCGCAGCAUUAAGAGCAUGUGGGAGAAAGGAAACAUCAGCAGCUCCUCUGAAAGUCCAGCCCCUGCCAACAAGGAUGUGGUUGGUAUCAAAGGAGGCGUGGCUGGACGUGUCAACAGUUGGAUGGCAAAGCCUCCAGAGGCAGAGAAGACAGCAGCACCGGCACCGGCAGCAGCAGCAGCAUCACCAGCAGCAGCAUCACCAGCAACAGCAAAGCCAGCAGAUGUAAAACCAGGUGAAAUCGGUAACAAGCGUGGCAUGUGGGAAACCAAGAAGAGCUCUGCACCUGCCAAGUUGCCAGUUGGAGUCAAGAGCAAGUUUGUCACUAAUGCAGGCGUAAGACCCUAACCAUUUAAAUCAAGUCUCACCUGACCAAACACAAGGCUCUGGUUCUGUAUGUGCAUCGCUUUCCCAUCAACGUUCCUGUUUUUUCGCAUGAAGUUCACACCGGAGUGAGGAAAAGAUGAAGGAUCAGGAUGAGCAUCAAAGUCUCAGGAGAUGUUUUCCUCUAAAGUUUAAAAAUAUUGAUGUUUUCAUCAGAUUUUUUAUUUUUAUUACAAAAAAAAAUUCAAAGAAUCGUUUUCAGGACAAAGUUCCACACAUUUAACGCUUAGAAAUAAUACAUUUUGUAGUAUCCAUCUGUUUCAUCAAGGUUACAAAUGGUUGUCAGGAUGUUUCAUUUUAUAUUGCUUUCAAGCCUCGCUGACUGUCUUCUCUUCUUGUCAUGUAUUGUCCAUUAAGCUUAAACCCAAUAAUAUGCAUUGGUGUUUAAAUGUCAUACACACUCACUGCUUUUUGGGAUGAUAGUCCCUAUUUUGACUCCAUGUGAUAACCAAGGCUGUUUAAUGUCCAUCUCACCCCUUGUAUUUGUGUUGUUAUAAUACACUGUCACUGAGCUGGGUGAUUAGCCUGUACAUAAUAGAGUCAUUGAGUUGGUACCACUUUCUACUAAGGCAUCCCUUAUAAAGGCUUUACAAAUAGUAGCUAAUGACGUCAUUAAUGAUUAUUAAUGGAUCAGUUAUGAGAGCGGGUUCUUGGGUUGCCAGGUUGUGAUGCGGCUGUGGCUCUGGUAAUGUCUGUCAGUCUGUUGCUCCACCUCUUUGGUCUAGAUGGAAAUAUCCCAACAACUAUUGGAUCCAUUACCACACAGUUUGGCACAUACAUUCAUGGGGCCCAGAGUAUGAAUCCUUAAGACUUUGAUGAGCCCCCGACUUUUCAUCGAGCGCCACCAGCUGGUCAAACCUUUCACCGGUGAAAUAUCUCCAAAUCUACUCGAUGGAUUGACACAAUGUUGCAGACAGAAUGAAACCUACUGACUUAAAUAAACAUGUAAUCUGUUCCUGACCACUAUUGACCAAAUACCUAUUCCCAUCAGCCUCAGCUGUACUGUCUUAUUGUUCAGUGAUAAGAAGCACUAAAGCGUCCUAACAUUCACAAGCUGGUUGGAUUAUUGUAUUUGUAUUUAGAGCUACAGACUUAAUGUCUUACUGGCAAAUAAGAACCAGCACUACAAAAGUGUGUAAACCCCUAAUAAAGUGUGUCUUAUUAUUAGGGGGUACCCGUAAAUCUACCACCUCAGACCAGAAGAUAAUGUCGGUGGCAAAUUCUGCCCUGGACUGCAGCCAGAGCAACACAGUGUGCAAGCAGUUUAACGUUUCUAUCAACAACACUUGGGUUUUUCUUUUUUUUAAACUUGUGGCAGUGUAAACAUCACAUUAUUAUGUUAUAGGAGCAUGAACAAAGUCUAUGAAUACGUGUGUAAGCGAGUAUCCACUGUAACAACUAUUCAGUGACCAAAUGCAAUUCUGCAGUCUUGCUUUUCUAUCAUCAGUUUACAUGCCACUGUGCAGUUCAUUUGCAUUGCAGCAGUGAUAAAGGUUUAUAAGGCAAUAUAUACUCUGUUUUAACAAUGCCUGUAAUUGUAACUUUAAAUUGUACUCUGAUGUUCCUGUCAGUCAGAAGUACACAUGAACUGAAUCCUGCUCAAAUGUAUUGUACCGGUAAGUCUUUCAGAGGUGGAUCGCUUCGUUUGAAUGUUUGCAAUUAUUAUUUGUACUUGCUUCAGCAAUAAAAGAUAAAAAUGAAAAAA